UUCAUUACUCGGCCAUUUUCACCGUUAGGUCCCCGUGCCGCCGGUUUUAUAUUUAUUGUCUUUUAGUACAUAUGUCGCUUCGAGUUUUUUCAGCCUGCACGCCUUGUCCAUAGAUUUUGCCACGCGUCUCCGUCUCAGCCACAUUAUACUUCCCUCCCCCCGCCGCCAUCUUGCGCCGCCCUGACUCUGCUCGAUGGGGUUUUUUGACCAUCUCCAGAAGGGAGGAGCCUUUUCCUUACAGCCGAAGAAGACCCAGAUUCGCAAAGUCGUUCAGACGCGCCCUGCCCCUCCGUCGAGAUCUUCCUCACUCACCCCGGCCACUUCGUCGCGAAUCUCCCCGUCUAAAAAAGCCCGCAGUUCCGAGAGUCGGUCAGCAUCGAGAGACCCCGACCAUCUUACCUCCAAACGACGCCUAGGGACUCCGCGACAAAGCCGGAAGCGCCCAACUCCAGAGCAGCGACUGUCUAGCGAUGAGGAUGAGAGCGACACCGACGCCUCCUUCGAGGUACGCAAACGAGCCCGGACAGGCGAUAGCGCGGAGCCAGACCUCGAGAGGCGCGUGCGCUCAUUAAAGGCUUUUUCCGAGGACCACGUCAAACCGCUACCUAUGGUCCACGCAGCGGAUAUCACCUCGAUCCAGAAAGCGGGGAAUUUCAAACCUGCAUUUGGCGAGAAGGUUCAGUCUACGGAGAUCGCACUGCAAUAUCCCAGUGCUUCUCCUAAAGAACGAUUUAACCUCGUGGUACCUCGCGACAACGAUGACUUCAAGCCCAUCGACGAUAUAUUCUCGGUUGUCGAUACCGUGUCUCAGACCCACAUCCCCGAAGAUGAAGCCGACCAGUUCAACAAUGAGUCGACGGGUAUCAAGCGGAGGUUGCGACGGGCGCUGGCACAGGGUUCCGAAAAGGACUUUCGUCAAGUCGUGGCGGAUUAUAACAACGCGAUAGACCGGCUGAGGCGCAGUGGGAGCAUCGCGAAAAAGUUGGAUUCGACCCAUCGGUUGAAUUUGCCUCUCGUGGAGCGGAUACUCACCCAGAUAUAUUCGCGCACUGUUUCACCCCGAGUCGAGUCCCUGCGUCAGUAUGAGAACGGAACUGACAACGUCUACGGCGAACUGCUCCCUCGGUUUAUCAGCACGAUUUUCAAGGAAACGGGUCUAAAGUCUGGCCAGGUCUUUGUCGAUCUGGGAUCCGGCGUCGGCAACGUCGUCCUGCAGGCGGCUUUGGAAAUCGGCUGCGAAAGCUGGGGCUGCGAAAUGAUGCAGAAUGCGUGCGAGCUCGCCAACCUUCAGCAGGCCGAGUUCAAGGCCCGAUGCAGACUAUGGGGGAUUGCCCCCGGCAAAACGCACCUGGUGUCCGGCGACUUCUUGCGAGAACAGAGUAUCAUCGACGUCCUGAAGCGGGCGGACGUGAUUCUGAUCAACAAUCAAGCCUUUACGCCACAACUCAAUAACGAGCUCAUCAACCACUUCUUAGAUAUGAAAGAGGGAUGUCAGAUUGUGUCGCUCAAGUCAUUCGUGCCGGCCGGUCAUAAGAUCCAGUCCCGGAACCUGAAUUCCCCCAUCAACCUCCUGAAAGUCAAACAGAGGAACUAUUGGUCCAACAGCGUGAGUUGGACGGAUGUUGGUGGAACCUAUUUCAUCGCGACCAAAGAUAGCUCCAGACUGAAGGCUUUUGUGGAAGACCUAGGGUGA